AUGAAGCAACCGAUGAACAGCAGCAGCAGCAGCAGCAGCAACAGCAGCGGCAACAGCAACAGCAGCAGCAACAGCAACAGCAGCAACAGGAGAAACACCAACAGCAGCAGCAACAGCGACAACAGCAAAACCAGCAACGGCAACGGCAGCAACAGCAGCAGCAGCAACAACAGCAACAGCAGUAGCAACAGUAGCAGCAACAGCAGCAAAAGCAGCGACAACAGCAAGAACAACAGCAGCGACAGCAACAGAAGCAACAGCAGCAGCAGCAACAGCAGCAGCAGCAGCAACAGCAGCAGCAGCAGCAGCAGCAGCAGCAAGUGA